ACUGUACGCAAUACGCAAAUAGUGAGAAGCGUACGGAGGUGUGGAAGAGAACGAUAUUGGGAGGGGGAUUGUAAGGGGGCGGAGGAGAGUCGAGCAUUCCGACCAUGGGAAGGAAUCGGAAUCCUUCAAAAAUGACGCGGGCAAGCGUCACUUUUCUCCUAGGUAUAAAUACAAUACUUAGACACUUUCAUGACCAUCAGGCAUUAAGAUCAAGGGGUGUAGAUCGGAGCUCAGCGAUCCCUCCUCGUAUUUUGUGGCAUUAUAACUUAUUCGUCUAUUUCCAAGAUGAGAACUGCUUUUGUGGUUCUCCUGGCAUCAUGCCUGUUUAUGCAGGCUAUGAGUGGACCCAUGUCCAGCCAAGCUUUGUUCAAACGGCUUUUGCAAAAACGUAGUGCUAAAGCCGAUGCUGAGGCCGAUGCUGAUGCUGAUGCUCAAAGGAACUACGGUCAAUCUAACAAUGCCGUGGCUCCCGUCUCGAACUAUGGGGGUGCCCAACAGGAAUGCCGAACCGUCAAUGAGCAGCAAUGUUCCACGGUCCAAGAGCAACAAUGUAACACCGUUCAAGAACAAAAAUGUAACACCGUUCAAGAACAGCAGUGUUCCACCGUUCAGGAGGAACAAUGCUCAACCGUGAACGAGCAGCAAUGCCGUAACGUUCCCCGCCAACAAUGUAAUACUGUCAAUGAGCAACAGUGCAACACGGUCAACGAGCAAGAAUGCCAAACGGUCACUGACACCGUGAAUGAGCAACAGUGCAACACGGUUAAUGAGCAGCAAUGUAACACCGUCACUGAGACCGUCAACGAACAAGUUUGCAACACGGUCAACGAGCAGCAAUGUAACACGGUCACAGAAACCGUGAACGAGCAAGUGUGCAAUACGGUCAAUGAGCAACAGUGCAACACCGUCCAAGAGCAACAAUGCUCCACUGUCAACGAACAGCAAUGUAAUACCGUGGUGGACACUGUCAACGAGGAGGUCUGCAACACCGUCAAUGAGCAAGUGUGCAACACCGUCAACGACCAACAGUGUAGCACGGUCAACGAACAGGUCUGCAACACUGUUACCGACACUGUCAAUGAGCAGCAAUGUAACACCGUCAAUGAACAAGUGUGCAACACUGUUUCCGAGACUGUCAACGAGCAAGUUUGCAACACUGUCAACGAGCAACAAUGUGAGACCGUCACUGACACCGUCAAUGAGCAAGUCUGCAACACUGUUAAUGAGCAAAAGUGCGAGAUCCAAUACAUGACCCAGUACGAGGAGCAAUGUAGCACUGUCAAUGAGCAGCAGUGUAACACUGUUAACGAGCAAGUGUGCAACACUGUCCAAGAACAGGUUUGCAACACCGUUCAAGAACAAGAAUGUUCCACGGUCCAGGAUCAGCAAUGUACCACGGUCAACGAGCAACAAUGUAACACUGUCAACGAGCAAGUGUGUGAAACUACCACCCGUACCGAAUACCGAGAGGAGUGCAACACUGUUAAUGAGCAACAAUGUAACACCGUCCAAGAGCAACAAUGUAACACGGUCCAAGAACAGCAAUGUAACACCGUCAACGAGCAAGUGUGCGAGCAAGUCUGCGACCAAGCCCAAGCUACUUAUGGAGGUUCUUCUGGUGGACUCUCUGGAUAUGGAGGAUCUCAGUCCGCCUCUUCCGGAUAUGGAGCUGCCCAGCCCCAAUGUAGACAGCAAUGUCGCAAUGUUCCCCGCCAACAGUGCCAGAACGUGCCCCGCCAGCAAUGCCAGAACGUCCCCAGGCAACAGUGCCAAAACGUGCCCCGACAACAAUGUAACCAAGUCCCAUUCCAGGUACCUGACCAGCAGUGCCGAAAUGUGCCCAGACAGCAAUGCCAGAACGUACCCCGUCAACAAUGCCAGAAUGUGGCCCGAGAGGAAUGCCGAAAUGUCCCCAGACAACAAUGUAACAAUGUUCCUCGCCAAGAGUGCAACAAUGUUCCCCGUCAAGAGUGCCGCAAUGUCCCCAGACAAAAUUGCCAACAGGUUCCCCGUCGCGUGGAAGAGCAGGUUUGCAACAACAUCCCCAGACAAGUCUGCAACAACGUGCCCCGCCAAGUGCCCCGCCAAGAGUGCCGCAACGUGCCCCGUCAACAAUGUAACAACGUCCCCAGACAGGUUCAACGCCAGGAAUGUAACAAUGUUCCUCGCCAACAAUGCCAAAAUGUCCCUCGUCAAGUCCAACGCCAGGAGUGCAACAAUGUGCCGCGUCAAGAGUGCCGCAAUGUCCCCAGACAGGAAUGCAACAACGUGCCUCGUCAACAAUGUAACAAUGUCCCCAGACAGGUCCCCAGACAGGAAUGUACCACUGUUCCCCGCCAGCAAUGCCAGAAUGUUCCUCGCCAACAAUGCCAAACAGUUCCUCGGCAAGAAUGUAACAACGUGGCCCGCCAAGUGCCCCGACAGGAAUGCCGCAAUGUUCCUCGUCAGCAAUGUAACAACGUGCCCAGACAGGUGCCCCGACAGGAAUGCCGCAAUGUUCCUCGUCAACAAUGUAACAAUGUCCCCAGACAGGUCCAACGGGAGGAAUGUAGGAAUGUCCCCAGGCAGCAAUGCCAGAACGUGCCCCGUCAACAGUGCAAUACUGUCAACGAGUCCGUCUGCGAGAAUGUUCCUCGUCAACAGUGCCAAAACGUCCCCCGGCAACAAUGCCAAAACGUGCCCCGGCAACAGUGCCAGAACGUGCCCCGACAACAGUGCCAAAAUGUGCCCCGCCAACAAUGUCGAUCCGUUCCCAGACAGGUCUGCGAAGCUGGACAGGCUACCUACGGUGGAAAGUAAAGAGCUCCUGCAAGCCUUCGAGAGGCCUGUACAACUAUUUAUUCACCUCCUAUUUAUGAACAGUAUCAUGCUCAAUUUUCAAGAAACGGUUUGAAUAAUAAAAGUGGAAUGGAUGUACCUCAAAAAAA